AGCCAGAGCCUCAAGCUUGCUGUGCUCCCAGAGGCAACAUGGCGGUCCUUGGAGUGCAGCUGGUGGUGACCCUGCUCACUGCCACCCUCAUGCACAGACUGGCUCCACACUGCUCCUUUGCACGCUGGUUGCUCUGCAAUGGCAGUCUGUUCCGAUACAAGCACCCGUCAGAGGAGGAGCUCCGGGCCCUGGCUGGGAAGCAGAAGCCUAGAGGCAGAAAGGAGCGGUGGGCCAAUGGCCUUAGUGAGGAUAAGCCCUUGUUGGUGCCCCGAGAUGCCCCAUUCCAGCUGGAGACCUGCCCGCUUACCACUGUGGAUGCCCUAGUGCUGCGCUUCUUCCUGGAGUACCAGUGGUUCGUGGACUUCGCCGUGUACUCGGGCGGUGUGUACCUCUUCACCGAGACCUACUACUACCUGCUGGGCCCAGCCAAGGAGACCAACAUCGCCGUGUUCUGGUGCCUGCUCACUGUGGCCUUCUCCAUCAAGGUGUUCCUGACCGUUACCCGAUUGUACUUCAGUGCUGAGGGCGGUGGCGAGCGCUCUGUCUGCUUCACCUUCGCCUUCCUCUUCCUGAUCCUGUCUAUGUUGGUGCAGGUGGUCCGGGAGGAGACCCUUGAGCUGGGCCUGGAGCCAGGCCUGGCCAGCAUGACCCAGAACCUGGAACCACUUCUGAAGAAGCAGGGCUGGGACUGGGCGUUCCCUGUGGUCAAGCUGGCCAUCCGCGUGGGGCUGGCUGUGGCGGGCUCCGUGCUGGGUGCCUUCCUUACCUUCCCGGGACUGCGCCUGGCCCAGACCCACCGCGAUGCACUGACCAUGUCCGAGGAUCGGCCCAUGUUGCAGUUACUUCUUCAUACUAGCUUCCUGUCUCCCCUCUUCAUCCUGUGGCUCUGGACGAAGCCCAUUGCUCGUGACUUCCUGCACCAGGCACCCAUUGGGGGAAAACCCUUCUCCCUGCUGUCAGACUCGGCCUUUGACUCGCUGCGUCUCUGGGUGCUGGUGGCGCUGUGCCUGCUGAGGCUGGCCGUGACCCGGCCCCACCUGCAGGCCUACCUGUGCCUGGCCAAGGCCCGCGUGGAGCAGCUGCGGAGAGAGGCCGGCCGGAUUGAGGCCCGUGAGAUCCAGCGGCGGGUGGUCCGGGUCUACUGCUAUGUGACCGUGGUGAGCUUGCAGUACCUGACGCCGCUCAUCCUCACCCUCAACUGCACGCUGCUGCUCAAGUCCCUGGGUGGCUAUUCUUGGGGCCUGAGUCCAGUCCCCACACUGUCCCUCGCCCGGACCUCAGCCGGCACUGACCCUGUCAACCCCGGGGAAGACGAGGCCCAGCAGACUGCGGCCCGGAUCGCGGGCGCCCUGGGCGGGCUGCUCACGCCGCUCUUCCUCCGCGGCAUCCUGACCUACCUAAUCUGGUGGACCGCCGCCUGCCAGCUGCUCUCCAGUCUCUUCGGCCUCUACUUUCACCAGCAGCUGGCGGGCUCCUAGCCUCCCACAGACUUCCCUGGACCUCUGAAGUUUGGUCCGGGGCCAACCAGACAUGGCCUGCCCCUCCGUGUGUGCCUCAGUGUCCCCAGCUGCAAGGUGCAACUGGGACUCCCCACAAUCUCUGCAGUGCCUGGGCUGUGGCCCCCUGUGAACCCUUGAAAACUGGCUCUCCAGGGUCCUGGAGCAGGAGUGUCGGAACCCAUUGUCCCCAAGUGUGUGUGUGUGUGUGUGUGUGUGUGUGUGUACACGCACAUACAGGUUUGAAUGGUGGGUUGCUCUUCUGAAUAAAUAAAGGAGCAAACCACUCUGUACCAACAGGACACAUGGCUGGUGGGCUGGCUGUGCAGGGUGAUGGCUUCCUGUGAGGCCGCAUGGCACCCAUCUGGGUAGGUGGGUGGGGUCAGGCAGGAGGAAGAGCAGGGGGGGCUGAGCAGCGAAAGCCGGAGGGGAGGGCAAGUGGUGCUGUGUCCAGAGAAGCUCCCAAGGCAGGCCGAGGAAGGUCAGGGAAGGACCAGAGAGCUGGGCCACAGCUCAGUGCCAGGCCCUGGGUUCCAUCCCAGCACUGCAAGGAGAGAGCUGGAGAAAGUCACAGCCACAAGGAAGCUGGCCUGGAAGGGGAGGAGGAGGAAGGGGCAGGAGAGAAAGGAGGGGGAAGGAAGGGGAGGGAGGAGGUGCUGCUGCUGCCUUCCACCCGUACCCAGUGGCUGCUGUCAUAUGAAGGUUGCCCAUAGGCAGGCAGGCAGGGAUGUUGUACGGUCAUGGUGACCCAGGGGAAGGACAUGGGGCCAUCCUGUGGCUUUGAGGCAGGAACUUGGGGUGUGUGUACCUGUGUAUUAUAACACGUGUGUUACAAAGCCUUUCUGUAUAUGUAAAAAGUAUUUUAGGAAUAAAACAGACAA